UUCGCGCGUGUGUAAUUCGUACUGCCUUUCGUUACACCGGUAGACGCGGCAAAACCAGGAAUACACAGCAUUUCCAUGGCGGCUAUUUAAGAAUUAGGGUUUUGAGGCUUUGAACGGCUUGUGAGUGAAGAGAGAACGAUUACUGCUGAGUGGCUGAGUUAAGUUACGAGGUUUGAGGUUCAGAUAGUUUGGUUUUGAAGUCUGAGGUUCAGAGAGUUCGCGCAAUGGUUUGUAAUGGCUGAGAGGUUUGAGGUUUGGGUUUAAUGGUGGUGCUACGCGCUUAGUUAGGUUUUGGGAACGGAAACUUGUUGAGAGAAAUCAUGGAGAGAGUGAAGGCAUCGUCUUCUUGGGUUGCCAGUCAUUCUUCUCAUGUCUCUGUUGAUUCAUCUAAUUUGUAAAUAAUCGGACAAGAAGCCGCUCAAAUUAAGCACAUAGGGCAUCACAAUACUCGUUGUAUUGUAACUUUACUUGAUUAAUUAUGUUGAGGAUUAGAGAAAAUGGUGGAUGAAAUGAAUGGCUCGAUUCCAAGUAUUCACUGGGAUUUUGAAAGAAUCCACUAUUUCGAUGGUGGACCACUCACUGUUCAAUACCUCUUUGUCCUAGAUGCUCUGAACUUCUGCUUUUGGCCAGAUGAAGAAUUGAACUAUGACAAUCUAGCUUUGGGGUUGAAUAUGGCUUUGCAAAAGGAUAAAUCAGCCUUAGAUGCAGAUCGCUUGCAAAAACUUGAUGGUCCUCAACUAAGGAACAUAUUAAAAUGGCCACGACCCCUUCCUUUAGAGGAUGAGCGUAUCCGCUUACUGCAUGAGGUUGGUUUAGAGCUUGAGAAUAGCUUUGGGGGAAAAGCAACCAAUCUUGUGGAUUCCUGUGGAAGCUCUGCUGCUGCUCUUGUUGACUUAAUUACACGUCAUUUUCCUGGUUUUCGCGAUCACACCGUAUAUAAAGGACACCAGGUUUUUCUAUACAAGAGAGCUCAGAUAUUUGCAGGAGAUUUAUGGGGUGCGUUCAAGGGUCAAGGAUAUGGUGCUUUCAAUGAUAUAGGUUCUCUAACCAUAUUUGCGGAUUACAUUGUUCCAGCUGUGCUUAGGCAGCUUGGUGUUCUGAGAUACAGUUCGUCCCUUGCCAAGACUAUUGAUGCCAACAUGGAGAUAAGUGCUGGUAGUGAAGAGGAAGUAGAAAUUCGAGCUUGCACCAUUUAUGCUGUGGAAAAUAUUAAGGACUUGCUUAGCAAAAAGGUUGGAAAACAGGUUCUAAGCGUAGAAUUGGAUCUUUGGUUGUGGUCUGUUGGCGUAAGUUGCCAAUCCUUGAGACACCACCGUACUCUUUCAAUAUUCUAUUGAGUGUGUUAAUUCAAGCCUUUCACAAAUCUGAGGAUCACGAACAAUAAAAAGAAAAGAAUGACAGAAAAGAGAUAGUCGUGAAGAAGACCAGGGACCAUUUUUGUUUUAUUAGUUGGAGGUACACAGUGUGGAAAUGGGCUAUACAAGUGGGGGAGUUUCAAAGAGUAGCUUCCCUUGAUAGUGGCUUCAUAGUGUUUACUAUCUUUGUGCUUAUGGGGGUCCAGAAGUUGAAGUUAAUGCGUGUUCCGGGACUUUGUUAUCAUUUGUUUAAUGCAGAUUACACUCAUUUUGAGGUUUGGAUCUUUAUGAGAAGUCUUAAGAGUUCUCUACUGUCAUUACGGAUUAGUUACAGCUACAUCUGGAAUGCAUAUAAGUAUGCUUGUUGUAUAUUGAGCAACUCUAAAUGGUCAAAGAUAUCGUCUCUCUCC